AUGUGGAUAAUUUUGGAAACUCUGUAAACUGAGACUGCUUGCUGAUUUUGGGGACCGGAAAAAUCCACUGUAGUCUAUUAACCACUCCAUGUAGCAGGAUGAGAGGGGAUGAGCCAAUGCCCUGGGUGCUCCUGACUGUGCUUGGUCUGGCACUUAUGCAGUCAGUUUACAGCCAGCACAUGGCAGACGAACCCUGCAAUGUCCAAAUCCUUGUCCCAGGACUCAAAGGUGAGCCUGGAGAGAAAGGAGAGAAAGGGGCACCUGGAAGACCAGGAAGACUCGGGCCCCCAGGAGAGAUUGGACAGCCUGGUCUAAAAGGACAGAAGGGCACCAUGGGACGCUAUGGUAAAAUGGGCCCAAGCGGAUUCAAAGGGGUCAAGGGAGACAUGGGAGACCCUGGGCCUAAAGGCCCUGAUGGCGAUCCAGGUUUACAAUGUGAGUUCUCCCCCCUGAGAAAGAUGUUUGGUGAGAUGGACAUCCUUGUAGCUCAGUUAUCCAAUGAGCUCAAGUUCAUAAAAAAUGCUGUUGCUGGCAUUAAAGAGACAGACAGCAAGGUGUAUCUGCUGGUCAAAGAGGAGAAGCGUUACACAGAUGCAGAGGCCUAUUGUCAGGGCAGAGGUGGACACCUAGCCAUGCCCAAGGAUGAGGGUGCUAACACCGCCAUCGCGGGCUACAUCACGGAGGCGGGCCUGAGCAGGGUGUACAUCGGUAUCAACGACAUGGACCGUGAGGGUCACUUUACCUAUGUGGAUCGGUCACCCAUGAGCACGUUCAGUAAAUGGCGGGAAGGGGAACCCAAUAAUGCCUACGAGGAUGAGGACUGUGCUGAGUUGGUGGCCGCAGGGGAGUGGACAGACGUGUCCUGCAAUCCCACCAUGUAUUUUGUGUGUGAGUUUGACAAGGACACUGUCUGAAUGUGGAAAGAGGUGAAAAGAGGAGGGUAUUGAUUUGAGUUGCCACACACCAAGCCAGAGAGAGCUUUCAUUAUACAAGGAUGAUAUUUUCCUUCUGUCUACAUCUAAAACCAUUGUAAUCCACUAGUGUUAUCCUCAUUGGACUACAUAUCUACAUACUACAUCAAUGUGCAACAUUUCUUUGGGGAUUUGAAUGGUUUUUAAGGCAAAAUCCAUAAAUUGAAUUUAUUUGCAUCUUCUUUUACAGUUUUUUUUAUCUGCCAUCGUUUUUUGGUUGCCAGUUCUGUGUUUCAUUUUAUUGUAGUUAAUUAUUCAUUUGAGCAAUUGUGGAUGAAGUGAGAUAAAAUGUACAUGUGUCUUUAUACUCCUUUGAGAUGUAGGACUGUGGUACUGCAUGUGAAAAGUUGACAUUAUUUAUUUUCAAUAUAGUACUAUUACCUAAAUACAUUGUAUUCCUAGUGUAUUUUGUGGCUAGCAGUAUUGCAGUAUAAUACAAAUGCAGUAUUUAACGAUACACAAACCAUAAACAAAUUGUUUAAUGAUUUGUUGGAGUCUUAAAGUGACCUUUUCCCUUUAGUCAAUGAUGCAAUGGCCUGUAAAAUGAAACCUUGUUUUGGUAUUACUAGACGAGACA